CUCAGUUUGCUUUAUCACUUUGCACAGUGAGAACUGUAACUAUCUUCGUGAUUCCGACGCAAUUCGUAUAUGUGUUUCGAAAAAAAAUUCAUCCUCGUUUUCUUAACAAUAUUGUAGUUAAUUUUAUCAUAGUAUAGUUUUAUUAUUUUAUCACAACAACAGGUUUUAAAAUGUCGUACUAUGGGAAUAGCAGUUCUUAUCGUUAUGGUGGAGGACCAUUUUCUAAUUAUAAUGCAUCUAUGAAUACUGGACGAAUACAUACACCUUUACGAUAUGCCUCUCUUCUAUCAACAAUCACCGAAUCACCUGUGAGCACAUAUCAUCGCCUUUCUCCAGAUGCGGUAUCAUGUCGAAGGAAAUUCAACACUAAUUUUCAGUAUCAAUGUAAUAAUAUUUAUCGAGAACGCUCUACUACUCGGAUUCGGUUUCAAACAUCAAAAGUUAACCCAGCUCUACAAAAUUAUUUUGAAAAACGUGAAAAAACUGCUGGUGAACUUCUUAUGGAAAAGUUUUUUAUCAAAGAUAAACAACAAUUAGCUUCAAAUAGUAACUCUAAAACACUACGAGACUCAAGUAAUAAGUUAUUUUCAAGAAGACCGCAAGAUACAAUACAAAGACAAGCGACUAGGAGAAUAAUGAAAAAGAGUAUAUCAGCAGAUAUUAAAAUGAGUCCAAGAUUACGUAAACAUGAAAUGACAAUCGCUAAAGUCCAAGCCAAAUUAUUAGAUAAUCUUGUUGCUGAAGAGCAAGCAAAAAUAAACAGCGAAAACAAGCAUACCAUUUUGAAAUCUAAAAAUAUUAUUAAAGUUUUAUGUGAAGAAGCAGCUGUAAGUAAAACUAAGUCAAACGGAAAUUUAACUACGGUCAAAAAUGAUAUUUUGCUGAAUGAAUCUACAGAAUGCAAAGAAGUGGUAAAUGAAGUCCCACUACCUCUAAAAGAAAUAAGUGGAGUGCCUAUCAAUACUAACAAAUAUAACAGCCAAAGCGUAGUCUUUGAUCCUUUCUUAGAUAGUAACGUAGAAUUAGAAGAUUAUAGUAGAUUGUCGUCAACAAAUAUUUAUUUCAAGUUAAAGAAUAAUGAGCAAGUGUUGAAUAACUUAGAUGAAAAACAAUAUAUCAACGAUAACUUACGCAAUAAUCCUAACUUGAUCCCGGAAACAUCAGUAAUAGAGCUACAAAGUCGUAUUGACCAAGAAAAAAACACAGACAUUGAUAAAACAUUUCAGUCAACAACUGAUGUUGCCAGAUAUAAAGCUGUUGAGACUAAAGAUAUCAUUGAAAGUAACAUUGAGGUCAGAAGUAGAAGGGGAUCGAAUGAUCAACAAUGGUAUCAAGUUGAGUGUGAUGCUCCGCUAGAAAAGUCUAUACACAUAAAGUCCACAGUCCGUGAAGAAAAUUUAAUAAGACAUAGUGUGGUGGACAAUACUUCAAAUGACUUUGGAGAUCAUAACUUACGAUUAACAUUUAAUAGACAUAAAAAAACUGCAAGAAAAAAUUUUAACGAAGUUUGUGAGUUUCCAUCGAAGGAAACAAAUCCAGUAAGUUCAAUUAUAACGAAAGAUGAACUAACUGAUAACAAAGUUUUAACUCUGGCUGAGAAUUCAUCGAAUGAUAGUGGUAAAACCAUAAAAAUUACAAAUACAGUAAAUAAAGAUGAUGAUACUUGUCAACGUGACUCAACUAUUGAUAAUAUUUCUGUUAGUUUAAUUCGUCCAGAAAGUAAAAAACAGUCUUCAUUUUCAUCUGAGAUAACGAGCACCAAUAUUAAUCGAGGUCAAAACUGGCAAAAAAAAAUUAAGAUUACGAAUUUUCGUAGAAGCAAAAUUAUACAUAAUGACACUGAAUCUGAUGAAAUUUCUAGGUCCCAAAAUAUUUCAGAACAAUCAAAUACAUCACUUAUAGACAGUAAUGCCAUAAAUACAGAUUUAAACGAUACAAAUAUAGAUUUACAUGAUAUACAUUCAUACUUAGAAGGUAAUAACGCUCAACAUACUAUUGAAAGAUUAGAUCGUAAUAGUGCAUCAUUUAUUCCGAUUGAACAUAAGCUGACAGCGAAUUUAAAUAAAUCAAAGGAAAGCCUCAUAAACUUUUCUAGAACUUCGAUUCUUUCUAAGGAAAAGAAACUAGAGUCUCAAUAUUUCAUUUCAACUACUGUUCAAAGUUUAGCAGGUAAUAAUGAAAUUGAACCAUUAAUUGUUAAUACCACUCUAGAAACUCAAAAUACAUUAGAGAAAAGAAAAUCGUUUAAAAAUUCGCAGGAACCACUGGUAGGAUGUCAUAAAAAUUGUUCUUCAAAGUCCACUCUUAGUAAUUCUACUGGUACAAAACUUAAACCUUCUGUCCAAAAUGAAUCAAUAGAAAAUCAAUUAAUCAAUUUAAAUAAAUUUAUAAUUGAGAGUAAAUCUGAAUUGACUGAAAAUUUAGAUAGCUUCUUUAUCAGAAACGGAGAAGUGUCCAAAAAGAAAAAUUCUUGUGAGUUAAAAAUUAUGGAAUCGGACGUCUAUAACGCUUCUGAUGUAGCAUUAAGAUUUGAUAUUAGAAUUGAUGAAAAUGAGAAAGAAAACGAAUUCUGUGAAUAUGAGCUAAGAAAAACUUUAACUUUAAAUCAAGAAACACAAUUUGACCUGCCCAAAACAAAUAAAAAAAAUACAGAAGAAUUGAAAUUAAAUAACUCAAAAACUGAACAAGAAAAAAGCACUCGUGCUGGAAGUUAUAAGAGUUCUGAUUAUAGUAAAUUCGAAGAAGAUCGUAUAAAUGAGCUCAGUCAUAUAGAUUCUGGAUUGGAAAAAUUAUCUUUUUUAUCGGAAGAUAAUUUUAUACCGAGUAAUGAUAUAACUGAUGAGUCAAAAAAACUCGAUCUAAUCCCUUCUAAAACAUCCGUUCAGCUCUUACCCACAUGUAAAUAUUCACAUGAUACUUUCAAAGAUUCGAAUCAUGAUCUAAAUUUUUUACAAGUGAAAACUACUACCAAUGAUGAUAGAAAUAAAUCAAAUGACUAUUCUAAUUUUGAGAUUUCAAGCAGAACAAACAAUUUUUCAAGUAAUAAUCAAAUAGACGAACAGAUUAAAAAUCCAACUACAAUAGAAAAUAUGUCAAACACAUCAGUAAAACAACUCAUAUCGAAAAAAGAGCAUGUGAUGCUACGGAAAAAACAAAAAGAAAAAAUAAACUUAAUAUCAUCUGAUAUAAUGGAUAAGCCAAAUUUAACAAAUAAUCCAACAAUUAUACCAGCAAAAGUCUUGACAAAAAAUCGUCCCCUCGAUCUUAUGAAAAUGUUUUACACAACUCCUGCAUCUUUGCUCACUGCUACUCCAAGAGAUUUGUCAAAAGUAAAGCGUGUAAGAAUUAAAAGAAAAAAACAUGUAACAAGGAUGUCACACCUAAGUCAUACCAGUACAGAAAGUGACAGAAGCACACAUCACACAGAAGGAGCAAAAAGUAUCCUAAAUAAUACUGCAAUUGAAGAUGAAAGGAAUAAUACAAAAGCCCUAUCUGCAACAAGUAAUGACUCUCGUUUUGAUGGCUCACCAAUUCUUUCAAAUUGUGAAAACACGCUACAUAACGAUCAUAUUGCUGAUAACAUUUUCAUAAGUAAAAGACUUAUACCACCAGCCAAUGUAUUACCAAAGUUCAGAAAGUAUGUUAGAAAUGAUUUCAACUUCCUUAAAAUUCUUGGAAAAGGCAGCUUCGGUAAAGUGUUACUUGCGGAAUUGAAGGGUACAAAUUUUGUUUAUGCAGUAAAAUGUUUGCAAAAAAGUGCUGUCUCGAAAGAUGAUGAUGUUGAAAGUACAUUAAUAGAGCGAAAAGUACUCACCUUAGCUACAAGACAUCCUUAUCUUUGUCAUUUAUUUUGCACAUUUCAAACAGAAUCACAUCUUUUUUUCGUUAUGGAAUAUCUGAACGGUGGUGAUCUUAUGUUUCAUAUACAGAUGUCAGGGAGAUUUCCGGAGUUUCGUGCAAAGUUUUAUGCUGCAGAAAUCUGGUGUGGACUUAAUUUCCUUCAUAAGAAGGGUAUUGUAUACAGAGAUCUGAAGCUUGAUAACGUUUUACUAGAUUAUGAAGGACACAUUCGAUUAGCUGAUUUUGGAAUGUGCAAACUACAAAUAUAUCUCGAUAAAACUGCUGAUAACUUUUGUGGCACCCCAGAUUACAUGGCUCCCGAAAGCUCAAGCUACAUGCCCAGAUGCAAUCAAUAGAAUCGAUCGCUUAAUAGAAAUAGUAAAUUUAAUAAUAAAAUUGGAAAAGUUGCAAAAUCGCAUGAUCAAUAAAUAAAAACAAUGGAGCUAAUAAUCGACUUUGUUGGAUUUGAAAUGCCGAAUUGUGCAUUUGUUGUAAAGGAGCUGUGUAUUAUUGAUAUAAAUAAUACUAAAUAUACCAAUGGAUUGUAUCAUUGUCAGUAUUGGCUAUUCCAACCACCAAUGGAAUACAUAAAUGCUACAGUUAUGCGUGAAAGUGAAGAUGAAAAUGGCGAUCGACAUGGAAUCAUGUGGGAUAUAGGCGAUACACCAUAUGAUUCAUUUAAACCAAUAAUGGCUGAGUUAAUAAAAAAAGUGCGCUACUUUUAUGUCCGAGGAGCACAAGCGAGGGAAAGACUUGAAAGUAUAAUCGAUUUUGCCGUUCCAAUCAUUGAUCUAUAGUUGAUGCGACAUUUUUCACUCGAUUGCUUAGAAGAACUUAACAAACCGCGAUGUUUGCAUCGUAUCAAACACACAAAGAGAGGUCACUUCACAUGUGCAUUUGGUACAACACAACAACUCAAGCACUGGUUUUUGAAGUAUUGGGGUGUUGGGAAAUCCUACGAAAAGUCUGUUCAACUGUUUUACUAAUUAAAUGAUUUAAGGAAAAUGGACGUCACUGAUAUUGCAUGUCUCGAUGAUUUGUUCAUUUUACGUUUUGCAAAAUCACAAAUUAAAUUUGUAUGGGAUAUACUUCCAGGGUAUUUAAAGUAUAAUGAAAAAUUAAUGGACUAUUAAUUUUGUAUCAAACAUAACCCACUAUCAGCUUCGAGCUAUGAUAUUCCAGGAAUAUGGCUUUACCUGGUAAGAAAAUAUUGUACUACAUGCAACAACAUGAAAAAUAA